AUGGCAACCGAGGGAGCCGGCAACCUGGCUUCCGGAAGCUGGAGAGUAGAGCUUGGAAGCUGCGCCGGUCAAAGGAUGCUGAGCUCGGAGCGCCUAGCCCUACCGGACUACGAGUAUCUGGCCCAGCGACAUGUCCUCACAUACAUGGAGGAUGCAGUGUGCCAGCUGCUAGAGAACAAGGAAGAUAUUAGCCAAUAUGGCAUUGCCAGGUUCUUCACUGAAUAUUUUAACAGUGUAUGUCAGGGAACUCACAUUCUCUUUCGGGAAUUCAGCUUCAUCCAAGCCACCCCUCACAAUAGGGCAUCAUUCUUACGGGCCUUCUGGAGAUGCUUCCGAACUGUGGGCAAAAAUGGCGAUUUGCUGACCAUGAAAGAAUAUCACUGUUUGCUGCAAUUACUGUGCCCGGAUUUCCCGCUGGAGCUCACUCAGAAAGCAGCCAGGAUUGUGCUCAUGGACGAUGCCAUGGACUGCCUGAUGUCUUUUUCAGAUUUCCUUCUUGCCUUCCAGAUCCAGUUUUACUACUCAGAAUUCCUGGAGAGCGUGGCUGCCAUCUAUCAGGACCUGCUGUCAGGCAAGAACCCCAAUGCAGUGAUUGUGCCAACGUCGUCCAGCGGGCAGCAGCGCCAGCGGCCAACCUUGGGCGAGGCCGGCAUGCUGGAGGGAGUGGAGGCGUCGCUGUUCUCCCAGUGCCUGGAGAACUUGUGUGACAGGCACAAGUACAGCUGCCCACCCUUAGCCCUUGUCAAAGAGGUCCUAAGCAACGUUCAGAGACUGACCUUCUAUGGAUUCCUUGUGGCUCUCUCAAAGCAUCAUGGAAUCAACCAAGCCCUAGGAGCUCUGCCUGACAAAGGGGACCUGAUGCACGACCCAGCCAUGGAUGAGGAGCUAGAACGGCUGCUGGCCCAAGUCCCAGGCCUGGUCAACUCAGUCACUGCCGGUUCAGAGGCCAGUUGCCUGCCUUCCAGGACCCCUCCCCGGGUUGGCUCCCCCUGGAGACCCCUCCAUCACAUCCGCAAAGUGGAUGCAGAGAGCGAUGGCUCCACUGAAGAGACAGACGAGUCUGAGACUUGAGGAGUCUGAAGGGUUCUGUCUACAACACCCUGUAGCCUGCUCCCACCCAGCCCUUGGGACUCUCACCCCACCUCCUCUCCCACGCCUGUGCCAUGCUGCCCUCUGCUGGUGAAAAGGCCCGAUAAGGGCCCUAGCCCAAAGACCUACCAGAGGAGUUCUGAUGAUCAACCAAACCAAACAGUGACCCUAAAAAGUUAAGAGCCUUCUCUCCCUUGCCCUGUCAGCCUUUGCGCUUUAGUCAGGCCCCAAGCUGACAGCAGAUUGAGCGGAGGCCACAGGGAAAUUGACUUGGCCUUAGCUUUUUGCUGACAGCUCCCACAUAAGGGUCAUCUGACAGCAACUCCAGGAAGGGGGAGACCCUGAAUAACCAUGCAGAGCCUUGCAUGAUCAAGGGUGACAAUACAGUGAUGCAAUUAUUGGGAGGACACAGCCACUAGCCAUGACAGGAUGAAGGGCGGGCAAGAUGACAAUUUCACUUUCAAAAUCUGCUUCAAGUCUCCUGUGUCUAAUACUUAAGUAUGUGAAAUGAAUAAAGUCCUUUGUCUGGUAAGUGGUGAGUCUAAGGCCACUAGACUGAGGAGGGGGUGAAGGGAAGGGGCGAGUUUGGGUUUUUGGUGCUCAGUCUCAGCUUUUCUGGCAGGACUGGGAGGUGGGGAGGACCUCUCAAGCCUGGAGACCUGCCUCAGAUAACGAGCAGAGGGGCUUACCUCCUGCACAUGACAGCAGCCUUUCAAAGGAAAGGUGCUCACAGCUGGAAUGGGCCUUCAGAAAACAAGCUCACAGGGUUCAAGGCUGGGUUCCCAUGACUUUAAAGACACUG